UCGAACUCUUCGGUUUCAGCAAACGAGUCAAAAGUCAAAAUGAAGUUCCUGAUUGUCUUCGUCGCCCUCUUCGCCGUGGCUCUGGCCGCUCCUGCUGGUCAGGAGGCCCAAAUCCUGCGAUCGGAAUCCGAUGUUGGCCCUGAGAGCUUCAAAUACGACUGGGAGACUAGCGAUGGCCAGGCGGCUCAAGCCGCUGGACAGCUGACGAACCCUGGAAGCGAACACGAGUCCCUUGCUGUCCAGGGCUCGUACCGCUUUGUGGGCGAUGAUGGUGUCACCUACGAGGUCAAAUACAUCGCCGAUGAGAACGGAUUCCAGCCCCAGGGUGCCCAUCUGCCCGUUGCCCCCGAGGCCUAAGUCACUCAAAGUGGAUUAACAGUUCCUUCUUAAUAUCGUUUAGAUUCCUCAAAAUAAAAAAUGAAUACCUAAAA